AUGGCUCUCAACGAGUUGACCCCGAAGCCCCGGGUCUUGCCGCCGCUGGACCGGGCUCCGUCGGACGAGGCACCGGCCCAAGGCCCACUGCCAAGGCCACCCUCCGGGGAGCGCAAAGGCUCGCUGCCCCCUCACCGGCAGAAAGAGGCGGAGAACACCAGGGUUGACACAGACCUAGGUCUUCCGAAACAGCUCGAUGAGGACAGCGAGCCAAAGGACGGAAAAGAGUCCCGGCAGGUCAGCAAAGACGAAGCUAGGAGUGAGCCAAAGGACAACGGAAAAGAGUCCCAGGUCAGCAAAGACGAAGCUAGGAGCCAGAGCAAGGGGAGGUGGAAGGGCUUGCGCAAGUCGCUCUCCCGGAUGGACACCCGAAGGCUGUUGGCAGACGAGGCGGAAUCCAAUGAGUACCUGAGGGGCUAUCUGGAUUUAUUGUAUCGCCAGGCCGAACAGCACCUUCUGUGGGUGAAGCUGGAUGCGCAGCCAUCCGUGGAGGUCCGGAAGCCGGUCUUUGAGGCUUCACGGACCUCCUACUCCCAGACGAGAGGUCGCACCACCUCGGCCUUCGAUGCUGCGAAUGAAGACCAGGAGUUUGAUCUGGAUUCCUUGACGGUCAGUGCUCAGCUGCGGAGGUUUUCGAACGUGAGCUUGGAUGCGAGGGUUCGGCGGCAGAGCGCCUUUGUGAUUCAAAUGGCGCCGGACGAGCUAGACGAGGAGGAGGACGACGUGGACAUCUGCAUGGAGACCUCGAAGAGCGAGGGGGAACGGGAAGCCUCACGGAAGGCCACCAAGGAGUCCAGAGUCUCCGGGGUCUCCGGGGUCUCAGAAGUGGAGCAUCCGCUCCUGGGGGUGCUCACCCAAAAGAAGGUGGAUCCCAACCAGGUUCGGCAGAUCCUUCUGGGCUUGGAGGAUCCGUUCACGUGGCUGGAAGCUCCACUCAGCGAGGACCUGCCUAGACCCUUGGUGGUGGUGGUGGGCGAGAAUCGCCCUGAACUGGUGGAAGUGCUUCUGGAGUUCCGCGCGGAUGUGAACACGCCCUACGAGGGGGAGAACAACUGGAAGGGUUGGAUCAAGCCGGGCCAACCGCUGCUGGCCAGCGUCUCCAACCGCAAGGGCCGGUUUAUCGGCACCAUGCUGGCGGACCGCCUGGGCCAAAUCGAGGAGCUCCUUUUUGCGGCCACGGAGCCUGCGGAGGUGGACGAGCUCAAGGAGGAGGACGGCACCGCCUCCUGCAUGAGCGGCAGAUCGGCCUUCGGCACCAUCUCGGCCACCUGGGGCACCGAAGUCAUGAAGAGACCGCGGCACACCGUGGGACAUCCCAAGGGGAUUUAUGAGAUUCUCGAGCAUUUGGGAGAGGGAGACACUAGCUCGGUUUGGGCCGGCUUUCAUCUGCAGACGAGCGUGUCAGUGGCCAUCAAGAUAGAGCCCAAGACCGAUGAGGCCGGCAUGUGGGAAGAGAUCCAACUGAUGCGGAACUUAAGACAUCCCAAUGUUUGUCGCCUCUUCGAGACCUUUGAGAGCGAGACCCAAGUCUUUGUGGUCCUGGAGCUUUGUCAAGGAGGCCGACUUUAUGAUGUGAUCUGCGUGGAGGGCCAGGUGAUGAGAGAACCCCGGAUCCUGCGUCAGCUGGCUCAAGCGGUGGCUUGCCUCCAUGACCACAAGAUCUCCCACAGAGACAUCCAGUUGGAGAACUUCCUACUGGCGGAGCUGGACGCCCCCAUCGAGCAGGCCACCGUGCGGCUCAUCGAUUUUACCACCGCCAAGGAGUAUGGCAACGGCCACAUCUUGAUGACCAAGAUCUGCACGCCCACCUACGUGGCGAAGGAGAUCUUGACGAGAAAGAUGGAGGCCUACACGGAAAAGGUGGAUAUUUGGUCUUUGGGCGUGGUUUUCUACAUCAUGUUCUCUGGACAUCCGCCCUUCAUAGGGGAUAGCGACUUCGACGUCCUGAAGCAGGUUAAGAAGGGCCACUGGAGCUUCGAGCCGGCCGAUGCUUGGGAGGAUGCGCCCGAAGAAGCCAUGGACCUUAUCCAGCGCAUGAUUGUGCCUGCCGCUGAGCGCUUCUCUGCACAAGAAGUGCUGAGCCACGCGUUCUUGUCCCACUAA